GCUAUCUUUAACAAUUAAACUUCGAUAAACACAAAGCUUUCAAAAUACUCCUGGGUAAGUAAAUGUCAAGUAUUAUGAAAUGUGUUUUAGGCUCCCUGGGCCGAGAAAAUACCACGUAACAGCAACAGAGCCGAGGAUGUCGCCACACUACUACUCCAACUGCUACCCCAGCAACAAGGUGUUAGCAUUAUAAGUAUGAAGUUAAAGGCAGUUUAAGAUACUGCAGUCAAGCUUUUCAGACUUCUUCCUCUCAGAACAUUCCAGACAAAUUAUCCGCAUUAAACAACAGCCGCUUACUACGGAUAUUGUUGAAGCCAUUUCAAUAGCUCUUACUAUGGUUCUUUGGACGCCAUAACGCCCCGGAAAAAUAAUAUACGCCCCAGAAGACUUAACCAUCAUGAAGGUCAUCAUUAUUGGGGCUGGUCUUGGUGGCCUUACCGCCGCUUACGCUUUGGCUAGAAGCGGACACAACGUGGAAGUCGUUGAGCGUAGCUCCAAGCUAAACCCUACCGGAGGCGGCAUCAGCAUCAGACCGAGCGCAAGCAAGGUCAUUCAAAGCUGGGGUCUUCAGCAGACCUUGGAGCAAAUCAGUGAUAGAUCGCCAUAUGUGAGCUAUCGCGAACUCAAUACAGGAGAGGUUCGAACCACCGUCGUCGACGCCCCUCAACAUGCCGACUGGGGGACCACCAGACGGGCCAUGGUCAAGCUGCUUUACAAGUAUGCAACCGAUGCUGGAGCGCGCGUUCGCUUCGGCGCGGCCGUGGCUCAAGUUUCUGACGAUGCGACGCGUGCUUCUGUGACGCUGGAAGGCGGAGAGCAAAUGUCAGCCGAUCUCAUCGUGGCAGCGGAUGGCAUCAAAUCACACACUCGCCGAAGCGUGCUAUCAGAUCUUGGCCCCCACGAGCAAUGGGAGCCCAUCGUCGACCACACCACAUUCUACGGCUUCAGCGUGGCGGCAACAGAUUUGGCCAGCGACCCAAGCUCGACGAAGCUGACGGAAAACACAAAUAUCAACACGUGGAAGGGCGAGGGCGGCUUUGUGGUGACUCGAUACAGCUCCAAGUUCAACCGCGUUGGGCUCCUGUUCGCCAUCCAGGGAGAAACCGACCAGAAGGGCCUCUGGGACGAGAACGGCGAUAUCGAGCAUGUGCGGCGAUUCUUUGCCUCGUCAUGCAGCGACAUGAUUAAGGCACUGAAACUCGCCGACGCCUGCGAUCGCUGGAGAGUUGCUGAGGUGCCGAACCUCCCUCGAUGGUCAAGCCAGGCUGGGCGAGUUGUGCUGUUGGGCGAUGCCGCUCACGCAAUGCAUCCCAACGCCGCCCAGGGGUACUCAACCAUCAUCGAGGAUAUCGGAGUUUUGCAGCUCCUCUUGUCUGGAUCUGCAGAAGCCACCGUGCCGGAGAUUGUGAAUGUCUGGCAGGCGAUUUGCAAGCCCAGAGCAGAACGAGUCAAGGAGUUCUCGCGAUGGAAUACCAAGCAUCUUUCUGGAAGAACUGCGAGUGCCAUUGGUGUUUCUCACGCAGACAGCGUGCUUGAUGGCAUUGUGCCAGAUGGAAAUGCAGAGUUCAGCAGCUUGGAAUUCUGGAAGUGGAAUGUCGAGUAUGAUGCUAUUGCUGAGGCGAAGAAAUAUCUUGAAAAGAAUAAGAGCCUCUCGAAAUUAUAAAUAUGAGAUAUGACGCAUCAGUUCUUUUGGCUUAUAAGAGGCACAUUGAGUACAUGUACAGUUGAGAUCAUGUAGGUUAGCACCUUGUAUGGC